AUGGUGCCUUACCAAAGGCAACAAGGGUACAACCAGCAAAAUCAGCAACAUGCUUAUCAACAACCUCCACACCAACAGAUUGGGAGACAUGAAGAUGGGUUUGCUAAACUCGAGGGUAUGAUGCAACAAGUGAUUGGGUCCACUGGAAAGCUAGCUGACAGAGUAGACUCACAUGAGUCAGCGAUCAAAAAUAUUGAGAUCCAGUUAGGACAGAUUUCCAUGGCCCUAAAUAAUUGUCCUCAUGGGACGUUACCUGCAGACACUCAAAUCAAUCCAAAAGAGCAGGGCCCGAAGCAGCUGAUGGUAGUGAGUCUCCGAAAUGGUAGGGACUUAGAUCUGGAGCAAGAAAUUUCUCGUGAAAGCAGGCCGACCGAGACACUGGUGCCAGUACCCGUUGAGAUAGAUGAUUCAGCACGUUUAAUUGAGGUGACGGUACAGAAUGCGCAAGAAAACACCAACAAGGAAGAUGUGGUUGAGAAAGAGACUGAAGCUGCAGCGGAACCGACAGUAGAAGCAGUGCCUGAACAAGAGAAAAGCCAAAUUACAGGGAAGAAGCGACCUCCAGCACCAUUCCCACAGAGAUUGGCUAAGUAUCAAAAAGAUGAGCAGUACAAGAAAUUCUUGGAGAUUGCUGUUGUGACGAGACCCAUAGCUGAGAAGCUGUCUGACCUAGGGAGUUUCUCAAUCCCUUGCACAAUAGGAAACUUUGAAUUUGCUAAGGCACUGUAUGAUCUGGGAGCAAGCAUAAACCUUAUGCCCCUAACUAUCUACAAAAGGCUAGGCAUUGGAAGAGCUAGACCCACGUCUAUGCUACUACAGCUAGCUGACCGAACUGUGAAAAGGCCCUUCGGGAUUCUAAAUGAUGUAUUGGUACAGGAAUCUAUGUGCAGACCCAAUGAAUUUGCCAAUUGCUCUCUAAUAGAUGCGGUGGAUGUAGUGUUGGAGGAAGACGAUGCAGCAUUGAACCUUAAAGACCCUCUAGCAGCUUGUCUCAUGAAUUUAGACGAAGCUAAUGGUGAAGACUUGGCAGAGUGGGUACUUGCUCUUGAAGGCCAAGGUUUCUAG